CCGUGGCGUGAUGGAGCAGCAACAGCAGCAGCUGAGAAAUUUGCGGGACUUCCUUUUGGUCUACAAUCGGAUGACAGAACUCUGCUUCCAGCGCUGCGUUCCCAGCCUGCACCACCGAGCUCUGGACGCUGAAGAGGAGGCCUGUUUGCACAACUGUGCUGGGAAGCUGAUCCAUUCCAACCACCGUCUCAUGGCCGCAUAUGUGCAGCUCAUGCCUGCCCUGGUACAGCGCCGCAUGGCAGACUAUGAAGCUGCCUCAGCUGUGCCAGGUAUUGCUGCCGAACAGCCUGGAACCUCGCCCUCAGGCAGCUAG